AUGGCAAACGGAGCCAUCCUUGUGGAUCUGGAGUCUACAGAGGAGUCCAUGGCUCGGAACCUGGUCAGGCCUGUCAAAUCCUCGAAGCAGUACCUGAGGCAGGUCAUCUCAGAAUAUGAGGCACUGGAUAGGGAGCUCCCGUGCAUCCGAAAGUUCGCAGCACCACCCUCUACCCAGCCCCUCUGCCUCUGCAUGGAGACUUCGGAGGAUUUCACGCACUUGGAGGUGCUGGAGGCUCUGGAGGCCCAGCUGCCCGGGGCCAUGGAGAGCGGGCGCUUGAGCAGUAUCCGCUAUGAGAAUAUGAAUGUCAUCUGCGGGACGGCGGGCCGACGGGACAGGUGGCUCAUCACCGUCACAGACUUCCAGACGCGCUCUCGCCUGCUGCGCACGGGAAUCAGCCUCCGCGGAAUCGCUUACCCACUCGUGCGCCACGACGACCUGCUGCUGGGGGACUACCGCCUGCACCUGCGCCGCUCCCUGGUCCGACGGCGCAUGCUCGAGGCUCUGGGGGCGGAACCGACCGAGGAAGAUUGACGGGCGGCGGGGGCGGG